UUGAUGCCAUUAAUGCCAGUCUAUAUUGAAUUCUUCGUGGUGUCGUGUCGUGUUAAUUAUUAUUUUACAACUCUUAACAUGAGUAUCUUAUUUAAUUCUGCAGUUUGCAUUCCUGCACUUGAAAGUGAAUAUCGUCCCUUCAUCCGCAGUAUGUCGGCCACAGGUUUAACAUCACAAGCACAGCUGCAGUACAUACUGCAAUGGUUCCAGGAGUUCAGUGAAUACCAGCGUGAAGACUUCCUACCUGUCCUAGCUGCAGCAUGCAGCGAUAAACCUGAUCAACUUGCAGCAACUCUCUCCAAUCUCUCAUGUCAAGAUAAACCUGUCAGCUUAUUUCAGUGCCGUAUAAAAUUAUUUAAUGAAUGGUAUCCAACAUGGACUGAAGAGGAAAGAGAGAGAUUGGUUAAUAAGAUAUCGGAAAUUGAUGCAGAGUUCAGUAUGAAACUACAGGAAGCAGUAUUAAAAGGAAUUCAAGUUAAUGGAAAUGAUGAUGAAGUUGUAAAUGAUGGAGAUGCACCGGAGAAGGAAGAAAAGAAGAAAGAAAUUGAAGAAACGGUUGAAGAAGAUAAAGAAUUUCCUUCUCCAACCCCGGAUAACAUCUCUAUUGAAAUAACAGCUGCUUCUUAAGUAUGUAUGUGUUUGUUUUUUUUUAUUAAUUAUUAUUAUUUAUUUGGAAUAUACAAUAUUGAUGAUACUUUUAGAUUUAAAUAGAUAUCCAAAAAUAUAUCCUUUUCUUGCAGCUUAAUUGAGUGUAACAGAGACAGACUUAUUAUAAAGCUAAUUAUAUAUUUUUUAAUUUGUAUCAUUGUCACAAAUUGCAAAGUUUUUAUGUUUUUUUUUGAGCAUUUGUCCAUAGUAAGCUCUUCAGUACCUAAGUAGUAACUUUAGUUCGGGAUAUGUACCUGAAAUAAGAUAUUUUUAUGUGCAUUGUUGAUUUUACUAAAAUAUUUUAUUGUCUGUAAACAUUUUUUUAUAUGUUUGCUUAAUGGAUAGGGUUUUUUUUUCUUUUCUAUAUUAAAAUGUUCCUUAUAAGCACAAUAACAUUCCAUUAUAACAUUCCUUAAUAUAUUUAUAUGUAGUUUCAAUGUAUUUCUUUUAUAUAUUAUAUAUCUUUUUGAUUAUAAAAUUGUCUGUUCACAAAUAAUUACAUACGCACGUUUUUAUAAAUGGACAAAUUAAUUUUAACGUAAAUUUCCACUGGUAAAAUAUCUGCAUAUAAUUUUGUAUAGACUAACCAAGAAUAUAAAAAUAUUAGCCUUGUGGUUCAUAUAUCAUUCAUUAAUGUUUGCAAUGAAUUUUAAUUCAUUAUUUUCAGGAUUGUGAUGAGAUUUUUAUAUUCCUGGUUGGAUUGUCGAUAAAAAGGGUUUGUGGUCAAGCACUGGUUUAUGAAAAA